UUUCGGAUCUGUCACACCGCGCGCACAGCACCGGGCUCUCGGGUUGUUAUACUUUUUCCGCACAAGGUGUCGUUCUUUUUUUUUUUUUUUUUAUCUAAUAUGACACAUUGCUUGACGAUAAUACGAUAAUUGCAAAAUUGUUCCGGGACGUAUUCGAGAAUGUUCUCUUAACGCCGACAUAGUGUGGGAGAAUCUCUCUUGUUAAAGUUUUUAAUUAACGUCCAAAUUAGAGAUUUAAUGAAGACACAACGGACCCGCUAUAUUCUCUGACAUAACAUCUGUGCGUGGUUGAAUAAAUGUAGAAAAACUUUAGAAGAGUAUUUCAUACCGUCAUGUUGUGCUAAAUUUAUCAUUAUUUUGCGUUCUAUAUGGUUUCUAUGAAAAAUCAUGGUGUAGACACAAAGAGUUAUUAAGGCAAUAAAAUGCCUGCCAUAAUAUUUAAUAAUGGGACAGCACUUUGCUAGUCUCAGAGAGUUCUUUAGGAUGGAUGGUGAACGACAGCCUACUGAGGUAUGCGCCAACGCGCUCGGCCGGCCAUUGUCUUUGGAAAUGGUUAACAAUGAUGUCAUCGAGAGCCUGCCCGAUAACGAGACUAACGGCAACGUACCUGUAAUGAACUCUAAUAUACUGCCGAACAGACCGGAAUGUAAAUCCGAGGGAAAUUUGGACAACGAUCGUUUAAACUUAAAUUUAGACAACCACAAUUCUAGAUUCGAAUCUUUGUAUAGUCAACCUGUUGAUGUUCAUGACACCAAGCAAGUUUGUAACAAUGGUAACGUUACCAACGAGCUGUCGUUUCAACAGCAGCAGGAAGCGUGCUGUAGUAGUUCCGGUAGUAACAGUAGCAGCAGUUCUGAAGAUAGUCCUGUGAAUCCACCGUUAAGAAGAUCCUCCAAAACUUUAUCAUUUGGAAAGAGGAAAAAUAAACAGCGCAACAAGGAUCAAAGUCCAGUGUGUAAUCAUGUUUUGUCGUCAAAAAAGAAACGUAGCAACUGGGUGUUGAAAUUUAAUUGCGCCAAGAGCAAAAGCUCAAAAAAUACAGACAUUAUUCCCGGCCAAGGGAAUAGCAAUUCAGACUGCAUAUGCACCGGCUAUAGAAGGACCGAGGAACAUCCUAUGGGUGCGGGAAUUGUAUUUAGUCGAUCCGCUCCACAGAGUCCUGUUCUUGGACCUUUGCCACCUAGCCCCGUAAUUGAUUUAUCGAGAUUUAAUCCAGAGGAAUUUCCUAUGGAAGAUUGCGACGAACGCGCGCGAAUACAACGCGCUCGGGAGAUGGAAGAAGGCGUUGAACCACCGCCCGGUUAUAGGCCUAAUUAUCCUACAGGAAUACAAGUUCAUCCAAAUGGAAUUACAGUAGACAGUUUAGCGGCAUUGUUUCAGACACAUGCCGGUAUUCAAGCUGCUGCUCUCACAGCCUUAUCUCAGAUCGACUUUACCUUAAUUCCAAAUAUCGAGAGACCUGCUCAUACGCAGGUUGAUUACGUCCAUUGUCUCGUGCCGGACCUAAGGUCAAUCACAGCCUGCUCCUUUUACUGGGGUAAGAUGGACCGCUACGAAGCGGAACGUUUGUUGGACGGCAAACAGGAAGGUACCUUCUUGCUGCGUGACUCGGCGCAGGAGGAGUUUUUGUUUUCCGUAAGCUUUCGCAAGUACGGACGUUCGUUGCACGCACGGAUCGAGCAGUGGAAUCACAAAUUCAGCUUCGAUUCGCACGAUCCUGGAGUUUAUGCUUCCGACACUGUAUGUGGUUUAAUUGAACAUUAUAAGGAUCCUUCGUGUUGUAUGUUUUUCGAACCGAUGCUCACAAUCCCGUUGCAUCGGAACUUCACGUUCCCGUUGCAGCAUUUGUGCAGAGCGGUUAUAACCACGCGAACAACAUACGAUGGCAUAAACAAGCUGCAGUUGCCAAAGACACUUAAGAGUUAUCUCAAGGAAUAUCAUUAUAAGCAGAGAGUUCGGGUCAGACGGUUGGACACGGAAAGUGAUCCACAGACGGACUGCAGAUCCAUAUCAUGCUUACCGAUAUGAGAGUCUUUGUAUUAAUAUUCAUUAGAGUUUUUAUUAUACGUUGCAUAUAAUUACGUUUUUUCUUUGAGUCACAUUUUAUGCAGUUUGCGUCGCCCGUGUCAAACCCGAGCGAUAUGCGCACACAUUUGUAUUACCAGGAAAACACUACCAUGACUUCGACACACACAGUUACAUAGGACAGCAUUGCAAUAUUAGCAAUAAAAAACAUUGUAUUGAUUAUAAGCGAUAAUAGAAUUUUGGGGGAAAAAUGGCUUAGCUGUUUAAUUAAAAAAAACACAAAAAAAACAAAAAAAAAAUAAAAUAAAAUAAAAUAAAAAAAAAAAGAAAGAAAACCAAGGUGAGACUAGUGCAAAAAAAAAAAAACUGUCGAAUAAAACAGAUACUCAUGGUUCAUCGCGAAAAGACCAAUAAUCCCAUAUGUGUAAAUAUAUCAGAACAGCAGUGCUUUAUAACAUACACGCACGGUGCAUUGCGAAAAAAUCGUUCAAUGUAUUACGCAUACUUCACAAUUAUUAAGUAUUCUAUAUUUCUUAUUAUUACUGCUAUACGAAUCAUUUUUUUUUUUUUCUAUUUUAUUUUUAACUACGUUAUAUCCUUGGUUUUAACACACACAGUUACUUUCAGUAUCUAUAAUUUAAUGUAACGGGAACAGUUUUUUUUUUUUUUUUUUUUAUAAUAUAUAUAUUUUAAUAAUUUUUAUAAAGAAAACAAGAUACCAAAAUGGUUGCCUAAUGAAGAUGGCAAUUUAGUGUUUAUUAUUAUUGUAAAACUGCGAAAUAACGCUAAAAAAUUUAAAACCUUUAUACGUAAACUAAAGUUACAACAAAAACAACAUUAUUGCAAGAUCUGGAUCGUAUUCCUAUUGUGCCUAUUUAUAAUGUUAAAUAUAUUAGGUAAAAAGCUGUGUCUGUGUUGAUGUUCAUCAUUGCCAGAUGAGAAAUUGUAUUAUUUAUGUACAUUAUUUAAAUUUCGAAACAAUGGGAAAGAUAUCAAAUGUAAUAAGAAUUUAGAAUAACGAUAAAAAAAAAAAAAAAAAAAAAAAUCA